AUGAAGUUUUCAUCACGAAGUAACACCGUCUACUACAAAAUCAACUUUGUUGGUGAAGCCACGAGCAAAGUCCGCACUAGCACACUAGAUGGCACUCAAGUUGCUUUCCGGAAAGAAGACGGUGGUCUAUUUCAUAUUGUUGUUACCGAUUCACAUGCACAAGGCUCUGUUGAAGCAUAUGCAUAUGAUGUUGAAAAGAAGUACUACAGAGCCGGCCCCUUUAGGAGAACAUUUCACUAUAGAUCUAAUGAGAGAUGGCGUCCUUUGAACCCCGAUGAGAUCAAUCAAGUCAAAAACAUACUCCAACAACAACUUGGAACAUUUGAAAGCAAUCCAUUUUACACAUAA